CUCUGCUCUGCUGUGCUCUAGCAACCUCCGCGGUCUUGCGAUGGCCACAUCCAAUUCUUCUGCCUCUCUGCCCACCCUCUUCUGGGUCAAUGGCUCUGGAGACAGCGUGCUGAGCACUGACGGUGCUGCCAUGCCUGUCCAGUUCCUUGUUCUGAGGAUCAUGGUUGCACUGGCCUAUGGACUUGUAGGUAUCAUUGGCUUGCUGGGAAAUUUGGCCGUACUGUGGGUUCUAGGUAACUGUGGUCAGCGUGUGCCCGGCCUGUCUUCUGAUACCUUUGUCUUCAGCCUGGCUCUAGCAGACUUGGGGCUGGCCCUUACUCUCCCUUUCUGGGCAACCGAGUCAGCAAUGGACUUCCACUGGCCUUUCGGAAGUGCCCUCUGCAAGGUAGUCCUGACCACCACCGUCCUCAGCAUCUAUGCCAGCACCUUCCUAAUCACAGCACUGAGUAUCGCGCGAUACUGGGUGGUAGCCAUGGCUGUGGGACCAGGUAGUCACCUCUCAGUCUUUUGGGCCCGUGUGGUCACCCUGGCAGUGUGGGUGGCAGCUGCCCUGGUGACUGUGCCCACAGCAAUCUUUGGGGCUGAAGUUGAGUUGUGGGGCGUGUGCCUCUGUCUUCUGCGUUUCCCCAGCAGAUACUGGCUGGGAGCUUACCAGCUACAGAGGGUAGUUCUGGCCUUCAUCGUGCCCUUGGGAGUCAUUACCACCAGUUACCUGCUGCUGUUGGCCUUUCUAGAGCGGCAGCAAAGAUGCAGGCCACGACAAUGGCAGGACAGCCGAGUGGUAGCCCGCUCUGUCCGUGUCCUGGUGGCUUCCUUCGCCCUCUGCUGGGUUCCCAACCAUGUAGUCACUCUCUGGGAAAUUCUGGUAAGGUUUGACCUGGUGCCCUGGGACAGUACUUUCUACACCUUUCAUACUUACAUCCUUCCCAUCACCACCUGCUUGGCCCACAGCAACAGCUGCCUCAACCCUGUGAUCUAUUGUCUCCUGCGGCGGGAGCCCCAGCAGGUUCUUGUCAGCUCCUUCAGAGCUCUCUGGUCAAGACUGUGGCCUCAAAGGAAGGCCUGCAUGGAACAAAUGGCCCUCAAGGAGGUAGGCGGGAGAACGGUAGCCAGCACCCAGGAGAGUGGCUCUUCUAGGACACACACAAACACAAUGGAACACCUGGAUGAAGGAUGCAGCCUGAACACUCUCCUUUCUGAGACCUAUCAGGGGCAGAGCCCACAGAUUCUAGGGAGGAGCAGCUGCUCUCUCAGUCAGGCUGCUGUGUCCCCAGGAGAAGUCUGAUCUUUGAUCACCAACUCUGGGUGUGACAGAACGGAGAAGCUGGAGUCCAAACAGGAGGUGGAUGUGGCAAAGCUUAUCUCUGGAGAUGGCAAAGAGGAACUGAGAAUAAACCAGAUCGGUCAGA